AUGGACAGAGUAGAGGAACUUCAGCCAGAAACUUCAACAGUGGUCCUUGGGUUCAAGUGGCAGCUUCCACGAACUAACCUGAGAAACGUAUCGGUGUCUCCUAGCAACUUCAAUGAGAAUUACCCCUUCUCAGUUGGAAGACACCGUAUCACGUGGACGGGAAUCAGUGACAAAGGAACACAAAAGAGUUGCAGCUUCUAUGUCAUUGUAAAUGGUGAGGAAGAUGAUUGAAAGUAUUUGUUGCCUGUUUCUUUUGGUAUAGACUGAAAUAAAAUAAGCGUGCUUUAGGAAUUUAGGCCUUAUUCGGAAAAUCUUUAUGAUAACUUCUACCAUCUAUACCAUACUUUAUUUGAUACACCUUUAGAAGUACUCGAGUCUUUCGGGAAGGGGGGGGGGGCUACAUCUCGUUUGCAUUAUUAUCUGUGAUUAAGGUAUCUGUCUCUUCGACUAGAUGUGACCCCUCCCUUGGUCAAGAACUGCCCUUCAAGCAUCACCGAACGCACCAACUCACUACAAAAGAACAUUACAUGGACACCACCAACAUUUAUCGACAACGUGGGCGUGGUGAGCGUACUGUCUAAUCGCCAGCCUGGAUUCACCAUGGAUACUUACACGUCAUUAACAGUAAAAUACACGGUUUCAGAUGCUGCUGGAAACGUUGGGUACUGCACAUUCAACAUCACGCUAGAAGGUACACCGGUAACCCUGGCUUACUGUCAGAGCUAUCAAAUACCGACCUGCUCAACACUUAAAAAUACUUGUAUAACAUGCCGAUGAAGGGUUUAUUUCAAAAUAUGAUUAGCCUUUGGGAUUGUCUUCUAGGUCAUCACAAGGUUGGCCUUGCAAUUUUCUGUGUGUUCUAGAAAAGGAAGGGGGAGGGCGCAUAUGCACCGUUUAUCGUACCCACUGUUGCUUUACCCUGCCGAAAUAGCGCCGCACAUUUUACUAUGCCUCUUUUUUUUAUUCUUUGUUUGUAUUCUAUUGCAGGAACAAAAUGCCCCACAAUACCAAAUCCAAAGAAUGGUAUAGCGUCACAGUUUGGCUUUUUCCUGCAGUUGAGGUGUAAUUCUGGUUACUUCUUUAACCCACAACCACCAGGAUAUACGGGCUUGUUUGUGAAUCCAUCUUAUAGAUGUCAAGAUAAUAAAUGGACUGCUAUGUUUUCUCCAAACGCAGUUUUGUCGGGAAAAUUGGAUUGUAUGAGUAAGUUAUUGUUUGGAUGUUCUUUAUAAUUGAUGGGCUCCUUACGCACUGGUGGAGGGUAGGCCUGGGUGUAGGAAUAAGGCCUAACUGGAAAGAUUACUUAAAUGAUCUUACUGAUGUAAGACUUAUUGGCUUCCAAAAUAUAGACAAAUUUAAAGUGGCUGUCAUUUGGACACGUAAAGGCAGCUCUUUCGCCAAAUACAAAGUCACUACAAGCAUUCCGUGUCACCAGAAACUCAUCAGGGGUUGAAACGUGUAACUCGCUCGGAUUUUGAAUAAAAAUUUUCAACAAACGGCUUCUCUGUCUAUUGUUUUGAGUUUGUUCAUUCAUAAAAUUAGCUCAAAACACGAUCGUGACUACAGAAUCCAAGCUGAAAUUAAGCUUGAUGCUUCUCACAUUCAUUACACGAAUAACUUUUUGCGAAGAUGUCAGGUUCAGGUUUUGGACACUUUUCGAUCUGCAGCUAAUGAAUUCUAUUCGAAAAUAUUUUUACUGUUUAUUCUAGACUUUUUAAAAGCCUAUUUGCAGUAUAAGUUUACUGUUCAGAGGGUCAACGAGGCAUCGUUUUUUGAAGUGACAACUUCAAGAAGUCGCGAGGACGUCUAUGGGUUUCAUAAUGUUACGUUUGGCCUGGGUGUUAAGUCAAUAAUAUCCUGCUCAGUAUUUCGGUAAGAUUCCUGGUUUUAACCUUUCAAAGCUUUCUCGGCUUUUGGGAGUUUUUCUCCCGUUUGACAGCCAUUAUUUUAAGCGGGCGCGGGAACGUGAAGUAAAAUUACGUCACGUUGUUUACGAAGUUUGAUUGGUUAGUUAUCUUUUCUUCUCGUUCCAAAUAUGGUACUUUCGAAACCGAAUAAUCACGAGCAUCGGACAAAGCAAACAUACAAGAGUUACACGUUUCAACCCCUAAUGAGUUUCUGGUGUCACUUAAAUCUUAUUUUUUGUCAAUUUUAUGACUUAGCCAUAGUAACGGCGUUAGUAGUAUAAAGGCGACGUUUUAAUCCCCUUUUUUGCGGAGGAUUCGUAUUAGGGAAAUUUUUCAACAAGUCUAAACCUUGACCAAAACAGUGUAAUUUGAUUAAAAAUAAAUUUAAGCUUAUGUCCUACAGAAAACCAUUGUAUUUGAAUGCUUCCUUUUCAGAGUACAUUCUCUACAAUGGCGCUCUUUGCCCAGCCGGUUCAAUUGCUGUGGAUAAUCAAGUUUGUCGUAAGUAAAGCUUAAUUAUAUUCCCAUAAAGAUCCGCGCAAAUACCCUCUGGCGUGAGAUUAUGUAUAGCUGAUUCAGUAAAGGUUGCUAUGGCAUUAAGAAUUGGGUACCAGUAAGCUAUUGUUUGGUGGUCACUCAGGCAAAUCAUUGCAUUGUUCGGUAUGGCCAAAUGCACAAAUACCCAAUUGCCAAUGCCAAAUGCCCAAAGCAACCUUGAUUAUAAGCCAUGUACUUUAAUGAUGAGUUGUUGUUUCUUUCUUUUUUUAGUAAAUUGUCCUCCUGGAACGUACAGCGACAGCUUGACUAACACGUGCAAGGACUGCAACAUUGGGUUCUAUCAAGACGAGGAAGGGAAAUCAGAAUGCCAACCAUGCCCAAAGAACCACUCCACUGCCAUUACCGGAUCCAAAACCAGCUCUGACUGUCAACGUAAGAAAAUUGUCUGGAAUUUCCAGUGUAUAUCCUAUUCAUGAAUAUAAUCUGUUUUGUCAGCUAUUAAUAAAGAUGGAUUUUUUUUUAUUGUGUUAUAGCUAUAUGCCUAGCAGGAACCUACUCGACAAACAAUGGUGUUAGUCCUUGUAGGAAAUGCCCUCUUGAUACCUACCAAGAUACUGAACAAAUGACCAGCUGUAAAGCAUGUCCUGCUGGAACCGACACCAAAUACGAAGGCAGUACUUCCAUUGACGACUGUGCGGGUGAGUAUAUGGGGUCAGGAAUAACAAACUGUGGAUAAAAAGGUGAACAUUGAGGGAUCUUGGGUCGGGAUCAGAUCUAGACAUCACAAUCCAUUAAACAAAGAUCAGUCUUACAGAAAGCUAUGGGUCCGUGAGCAAAUAUCGUAAGUUCAUGAUUAUCAAGAAGCUCGGGUCUACCAAAUACGAAUUAUUUUUAAGGUGUCAGUAAUUUAAAAAAAAAAAAAACUUAAGGAAACAAGCACAGCUUAUUGACCAGACACUAAGAGGUCUGAGGCAGCUCUUACUUAUACUGUAGCAAUGCUUGGCUUGGGUCACCGAAAAAAGCUAGAACUUUAUCUGUUACAGAUCGCCCUGCAUGGUCUCAAGACACGUUCACUUAUCAUUUGCUUUUAUUCCACCCACGUUUAACUUUAAAUAUCUUCCUUUUUGCUCUAUUUUAUAUGUAUCACUUAGUUGCCUCAUUCUUGGUUCAGCGUAGUAUCUGUCUUCCAAACGUCUGUGGGAGAGGUCGUCUCGCAGUAAAUCUAUCUUCUCUUGAUACUUUGCAGGCCCCCUUAGUAUCAGCGAAACGGUGCCCGAUUCUGACUUCACAGUAACUGAGGAUGAAACCAUCUCCAUCUUGUGCAACGUUGAAGGAAGCCCUACACCGACCGCUACCUGGAGCAAAAUAAGCGGUAAGCAUUUGCAUUUAAGAGUCUUAAACUAAACGCCUUCUAACCUUUCUGUCACUAAUUUGCCAUUCUAAAAUUGUAGGCCUACUCCCCGAGAACCGUGUUACAAUUAAAAACGUUUAUGACCUGGAUGCUAAGCUGUCGGGUGUUGAACUAAUCAUUUCUGGAGCUGUUGCUAGUGACGCAGGGACUUACGAGUGUAAAGCUACCAAUCCAUUUGGCACGGUUACUAAGCAAAUGGAGGUUGAUGUUUUGGCUGGUACACCUGGCAGCGGAGAG